UCACCAAAAUUAAUACACAUCAUCUACAGACAUGUCUGACAAAAGUUCCUAAAUACGUUUCACGUAGCAUAAACCCUUCAGAAGUUAUACGUCAAUCAAUUUUCAAUGCAAAAUUUUACUUGCUUAAAAAUUCAUAACAAAUCUUCAAAUUGCUCAAAACUGCUCAUACUUCACACGCAAAUCACUCAUUGGGCUUCUGACAUGUUACCCAAUUUCUGUGAUAUUUCGCCCCUGGGGGCGCUAUUUUUCGGCAAAAAAUCAAAUCUUUCCUCAAAUUUGGUCAAACUUCACGGCCACCCUCUUACUACCUCCCAUGUCAUGUUCACCACAUUUUGGGAAGUUUCGUCCAUGGGGGGCGCUGUUUUUGGCCAACGCAAUUGCUCCAAAACGGGUUUUUGGUAAAUAAUUCCAUAAUGCUUCUCCUUCACACCACUACCUUGUGAAAGUACGUUGCUGUUGUAGACACUUAUUUUUCCAACUCAUAAUCGCUCAUGUACAGCAUAGCGCCACCUACUGACAUGGGAAAAACCAAAAAAUUUAUUCUUCAAAAAUCAAUAUCUCAUCUAUUUUCUCACUCUUGAUCAAACUUGAUACGCACACUCUUAACAGGUCACCUGACAUAUGUGCCAAAUUUUGUGAACUUUUGCCACUGGGGGCGCUGUUUUCAGGCAACAAUUUAUAUCUCGGCUUCUGAUUGGUCAAACUUGAUCAAACUUGACAGAGCAACUCGUCAUAGGUCCCUUGACAUGUAUACCAAAUUUGGUGAACUUUCACCACUGGGGGCGCUCAUUGCGCUGUAGCAGUUGCAGGAGAGGUGUUUACAAUCAUGAGGCACCAGGAGUAUGUUGUUUUGGUUGCCUUAAACACACAUGACUUGUGGGGAAUGGGUGGGCAGUCGGGAGCAAGUAUUGUAGCGUUACAUACAGACUAAUAGAUGUCUACCAGAAGACAAUCCUAUGAAGCUAUAGCUUGGUGACUGAUGAGGUAAAUCCAUUAAUUUGGUUGGGAAGCCAUGGCAUUAAAUGUUCUGUCCAUGACAACAUCUCAGCGCACUGUGUACUCUGUGUCCAAUUCUGUGCUUUGUCGCCAUUGUGGGAGUAAUGUCUCUUGCCGAAGAAGCUGUGGAAGGUCUUUCGCGGGGACGCAUGCCCCCGCCCCCCUUGGCCGCUGGCGCGAGGGCCCGUCGAGGCCGCUUGCGGCUUUAAUUACUAGUAAUUAUUGCCCGUGAACCUGAUUUCCUCUGAAUGGUGCUCUUCACAGGGGCUGUGUUGGUCUUCGGGUUUGGUCAUACAGCUGCUUGGAAUUGGGCAGUCUACCUGAGCGCUGUAGGUCCCAUACAAUCGAAACACUCUGGCGAGUCGGGGAGGGGAUUCCCUGCUGAGGCUGCACGCAGUGUGUUAGCGUGAGCAUGUAGCCAGUGGGAAAUGAAUAGUGUGUUGGAUUAGCAUUAAUCCCAAGUUUUGGAAAAUCAAAAAUGUUGUCUUGGGCCCUUCUGGGGUGUUACCAAUCCAUGUGCAAAGUAUGGAGUAUGUGCGUCCAACCGUGUCGAUUUGCAUAGGUCAGGGGUCGGCAACCCGCGGCUCCAGAGCCGCAUGCGGCUCUUUAGCACCCCCCUAGUGGCUCUCUGGAGCUUUUUCAAAAAUUUGUGAAAAUAGAAAAAGAGUGCUUUUUUGUUGUUGUUGUUUUAAUAUGGUAUUUUAGAGAGGAACAUGACAGUAAAAUUCUUAUGCUGUAAAAAUGUAUGUAAUGUAGGUGUAUAAUGUAUUUAAAAUACCGAAUUUCAGAAUGGCGCCAAAUAGCAGAAUUGGUCAUAGCCUGCGACACUGUGCUACACUGUUGUCAGAGAUGCACUGUUGUGUGUGAUGGGCAAUGGAUUCUAAAGGCAAAAAAAGAAAGAUAGCUGAUGAGAACAGGGGAUUUAAAGAAGAAUGGACAGACGCGUUUGCUUUCAUUGCCAAUGCUGAAGGAUUGCCUGCGUGUUUGAUUUGCAACGAGAAGUUGUCAAAUAACAAGAAGAGCAAUUUGGAGCGACAUUUCCAGCUUAAGCAUGCUAAAUUUGCUGCCGAUCGCCCAGUUGGAACGGAGAGAAAAGGAGCCAUUGCGAUGCUUGUGGAGAAAUUUGAAGGUCGAGAAAACAGUUUCAAGAAGUGGAUUACAUCUCCAAACUCUACCACCACUGCAAGUUUUGUUGCGGCCCGGGAGAUAAUAAGGUGCGGAAAACCAUUCACCGAUGGUGAGUACAUGAAGGAGUCAUUGGUUAAAAUAUCAGAGCACCUAUUUUCGGACUUCAAAAACAAAACCGAGAUCAUCCAGAAAAUUAAAGACAUGCCUCUCUCCGCAAAGACGGUGAAGGACAGGGCCAAUAAAAUGGCAAACAACAUCACCGAUCAGCAAAUCAAGGACAUCAAUUCCGCUCCAGCGUACUCAAUUGCCUGUGAUGAGUCGUGUGACGUGACCGAUAUCGAGCAGACAGCUGUGUUAUGCAGGUACGUGAAUUCUGAUGGGCCGCAAGAGGAAAUGAUAGGAUUGAUGCCACUGAAAGGCCAAACACGGGGUGAGGACAUCUGCGAGGCUGUGCUGCAGUUUUUAAAUAAUAACGGAAUAAACACUAACCACCUGAUUUCAGUGGCUACAGACGGCGCACCUAGUAUGAGAGGGUCGCAAAGGGGGUUUGUGACUUUACUACAAAAAGCAUUGGAUCGGCAUCUGCUCGUAUUCCAUUGCAUCUUGCACCAAGAGGCACUGUGUGCACAAACAUUCCCACCGGAGUGUAUGGAGGUGAUGAACCUUGUCAUCCAGAUUGUGAACAAAAUAAUUGCAAAAGCUUUAAACCACCGUCAGUUCCGUGAAUUGCAUGAUGAAGCUGACAGCGAAUAUGCGGAUCUCCUGCUACACAACAAAGUCCGCUGGCUAUCCAGGGGUGACGUUUUGUGUCGCUUUGUAGCUUGUUUAGAACACGUUAAAACAUUCCUGAAAAGCAAAGACCUGAGCUACCCACAACUAGAAGACACCAAGUGGCUGGAAAAACUGCAUUUCAUGGUUGACAUGACACGUCACCUAAACACGCUUAAUAAAAGUCUCCAGGAGAGGGGAAACACUGCACUGCAAAUGCUGGAAGCCGUUUUGUCAUUCGAGCGCAAACUGGCAGUAUUCGCUAGGGAUGUACAGCGAGGCACGCUCUCUCACUUCUCCUCCCUGAGAGAGUUCAAAGAUGCCCAUCAGGAUCACACUCUCAACGGUGAUUAUUUGCAAGGUGCAAUCGUUGAUAUGCAAGCUGCAUUUGGGAGCAGAUUUAGUGAGUUCCGAAAGGAAAAAAUGACACUUUCUUUCCCUGUCACACCCCUGGAAAUUGACCCUUCCUUGUUGAAUACAUUCCCAGGAGUAAAUCAAGCUGACCUCGAAAUGGAAAUGGCUGAUAUAGCUGACAAAGAUUUGUGGGUGGCCAAAUUCAAAAGUCUGACAGCAGAGCUUGAAGACGUCAGCCGCCAGAAAGCCCAUGCUGCCCAAAAUCACAAAUGGAGCGACAUUGAAAGCCUCCCAACACCAGAAAAACUUGUGUUUGAAACAUGGAAGGCCCUUCCCGACACAUGAAGACGUACGCAUUUGGGGUAUUAUCCAUCUUUGGAUCAACAUAUCUGUGCGAGCAGAUAUUCUCAAACGUGAACUACAUCAAAUCCAAAUACCACACCCGCCUCACAGAUGAGAGCUUGCAGUCCUGCGUGAAGAUUAAAGUUUCAUCUUACAUGCCCGAUGUUGAGAAGCUGUCCAAUGAUGUCCGAAAACAGAAGUCACAUUGAACAGGUCUGAAGAUGUAUUGUGCGUGUCUGUAGAUAAGUGGGGGAAGAGAAGAGGAGGCUCCGGCGUUUGACCCUCGCACUGACUGCUACUUGGCAUUUACGAACCAAAGAGAAGAGGAUAAUGCACAGAAAUCGAACUUUAACUGUCUUGUUUUAAUUUUGUUAAUUUCAGCUGUUCUGCUGUGUUGUAUGUUUAAGCAAGCAUUUUAAUUGUUUUACUCGUUUGCGAUUGUAGCCUCUUUAUUUGUGUGUGACGCCACGUGGGGGGAGAAUAGAAAGGGAUCGUUAUAUUUAUUUUACUCAUUUGCACUACUUGGGCUAGCCUACUUAACUUGGCAUUUGCGGAAGACUAAAGAAAACGGGAUAAUGCACAGAAAUUGCAUAGCCUACUUACCGUUUCAAAAGGCAGUCAUUUUAUUUUCAUAUUUGCAGGCGGCGUUUUAAACGCAGGCUGUGUGUUAUUGCACUCUGUUGCCCAGAUAAGGGUGAAAGAGAAGCGUUGCAUUGUUAUUGAGGUUUGAAGAUGACAUUUCAUUUGCGGUCUGAAAGGCCUAUUACGCACAUCCCAUUGUGUUUUUUUUCUCGCGACCUCACAAUAAAAAGAGGUGACACCAAAAA